AUGAGAGGGCUGGAGCCACGUCCCAAACCCAUGAUGGAGGGAGACAUGCUGGACACACUAGAGGCGCUGGGGUAUAAGGGACCACUGUUAGAAGAGCAAACCCUUAUCAAGGCAGCAGAGGGUGGACUAUCUUUACCUGGUUUUUCAGAGCUCUGUAUUUGGGUAGCCUCUCAAAUAAAAUCAUUGUGCAACUUGGAAGAAAGUAUCACUUCACCUGGCAAAGAUGAUCUAGAAAGUUUCCAGCUUGAGAUAAGUGGUUUUUUAAAAGAAAUAGUAUGUCCAUAUUCUGUACUAAUAUCCAGAGAUAUUAAAGACCAUUUGAAAAAGAAGGAAGACUAUUUGAAACUUCUAUUAUUUUUAACUACAGAGCUUCAAGCUUUACAGAUUUUACAGAACAAGAAAUGUAAAAAUUCUCAAUUAGAUAAAGAUAGCAAAAUUUAUCAAGAAGUUCAAGUUAUCUUUGAUACCCUUGGUGUACCCAAGUCAACAACUUCUGACAUUCCAUUUAUACUAAACCGAGUGGAAUCAAAGUUGAAGGCUAUCCUGUCAAAAGUCCAGAAUAAUCAUGUGGGAAAACCACUGCUGAAAACUGACUUCAAUCUAGAACAGGCAGAACAACUGGAAAGUAUCAAUGAUGCUCUUUCCUGUGAAUAUGAACGUCACCAGUGGUUGUUAAUGAAGAGAUUAGAUGUGACAGUGCAGUCCUUUGGAUGGUCUGAUAGAGCAAAGGUAAAAACAGAUGACAUAGCAAGAAUUUACCAGCCUAAGUGUUAUGCUUUGUCACCCCAAAUAACUAUUAUAUUAGCACAUCUACUUGCUGCUCGUGAAGACCUAUCCAAGAGCAUUAGGACAAGUAGCAGCAUUACCCUAGAGAAGACGGCUUGCACCAUUAACAAGGUGCUGAUGGGAAGGGUGCCUCACAGGGGAGGAAGGGCAAAUGAAAUUGAACCACCACCCCCUGAAAUGGCCCCUUGGCAGAAAAGACAAGAAGACGGUGGAAGGGGUGGUUGGGGGGGUGGUGGUGGUGGCAGAGGAGGUGGUGGGGGUGGAAGGGGUGGCUGGGGAGAUGGGGGUUGGGGAGGUGGAGAGGGUUGGGGAGGAGGUGGUGGUGGUGGCGGUGGUAAAGAAAGGGGCUUCCAAAGCAGGGGAGAUUAUAGAAGAUUAAUUGAAUACACAUGUAAGAGCACUGUUUCAUACUACCAUUUAAUCUCUUGA